AUGAGCGCCCAACGGGCAGCGUCCUUGAGGCUUUCCUUUGAGCAGCCUGGCGGCCUUGCUUUGAGACGACCCAUUGGAGAUCAGGUCAAGAAGAACAUCAGUGUUUACGCACCCCGUUGCAAAGAUCAAGGCGUGUUGACUGAAGAUGGAUCAUACUACUUGGAGUCGUGGGCGCAAGCCCAAUGGCCAUUGAGGCCAAGCGGAUUUCGGAUGGGCAUGCGGCAUGCAGGGUCACAGCAGCCGGGUGAUGACAAGAAGGAGGAUGCUGAGGCUGGCGAGAUGUUUUUUGCCAGUGAUGAUGAAGAUUGCAAGACGGCUGGAGAUCACGAUGCCCAGGGGCAUGUUGGUGGCCCAGUUGAAAUUGAAGAUUCAGAUCAAGAUGGUCAGGAGGAUGACGAAGACUCAUCAGUGGAUGCAAUGGACUUGCCGAAAUGGCCUAACCAUAUGGAGUUGGGAGCACGCGGCUUCAUUUCCAGGGCUUUGACGGAUUCCUCUUUCUCUGAGCUUGUCGGAGACCUCAAGUCUUUGAGUUCAGCCCUGCAAGGCUUGGACAGGCCGUCCCCAGCCAUCAAAAUCGGCACCAUUUGCUCGGGCAUUGGCACGCAGGAAAUGAUUGGGGAUAUCUUUGCUGAGCUGUGGAACAACAUGGACCCAGAUGCGCCCCUGAAGGUGGAGCAUACCUUUCUCUGUGAAAAUGAAGGCGCCAAGCUGAAGUUCCUCGAGGAGGCAUUCCCAUCGGCAGUCCACAUAUUUACGGACAUGCGCGACCUCCACAAAGGACGCGCCAGAGACUAUAAAGACAGCAACAGCUACAAGAAUGUUCCCCAGGUCGAUGGAGUCAUCUCUGGCUUUCCUUGUAUUUCAGUUUCCCCUCUCAACAUGUAUGACUUGGAGUUCCGCGACACAACCCAAGCCACCGGAUGCGGCUGGCAAAGUGUCAGGCAGUUUAUCCGAAAGUUUCGACCACAAUGGGCAAUCUUGGAAAAUGUCAAAUCACUUGCCCAUUGCAGGAAGGCUGACAAUUACCACAAGCCGGUGGAUCACAUCUGCAGUGUGAUGCGAAAGCUUGGCUACAUCCCAGCAUAUGAUGUGGUGAACACAUUGAACUUUGGGCUUCCCCAAUCUAGAGCACGUUGCUGGAUGAUGUUCAUCCGUGCUGAUUGUCAGCAUGAUCAGGCCGACCUUCUUGGAUCCUUCCGAUCUUUCAUGCUGCAGCCUUGUGGUUUGGGCAAGGUGCUUGUGGGUGGCCAUGAUCCUGUGGGCAAGUUUGGUGGCAUUGCUGCAGUGGAUCGAAUGAUUGCUGCCAUCAAGGCCAAGCACUUGGCAACGUGCAUCCCGGAGCGGGAGAUUUGCAUUCUUGCUGUGGCUUGUGUGGAUUUGGUUCAGAACCACGAUAUCGAUCCACAAGCUGAAGCAGUUAUUUCUUUUGAAAUCCUUUGCUGGAAACUCGUGGGGGCCUCAAUGUGUUCUUUCCUACAAUCUGCGUAG